AUGUCCAGCCCACAGCCCAACACAGCCGAGAUUUCCGACGACCUCCCGUCCCCGUGGGUGCGCCAGUGGGACGAGACGUACAACACCUGGUUCUACGUCAACCCGAGCACGACGCCACCAACCAUAACAUGGACCCACCCACUCGCCAAGGAAGGCGAGGCGCACCCCGAGCAGGUGGCGGACCCGCAGGCUGCCGCACAGGUCGCGGAGAAAUACGUGGCCGAGAACCCCAAGGAGGCGAAGGAGGUGACCGACCGCGGCUUGGGCUCGCUGCUCAUGGGCGGAUCGAGCGGCGGGAUGGGUGGUAUGGGCGGGAUGGGCGGGAUGGGCAUGGGCGGCGGCAGCUCCGGCGGGAUGGGCGGAGGCCUCGGCGGACUACUGCUUGGCGCGCUUAUGGGAAGCAAGAACAGGAACAAGACGUAUGGCCUUGGUGGCGGCGGAGGGUACAGCCACUCAAUGGGCCCGCCGCCGUUCAUGGGCGGUGGCAUGGGCCCCUUCGGCAUGGGAGGAGGCAUGGGUGGCGGACUGUUCGGCAUGGGAGGAGGCAUGGGAGGAGGCAUGGGAGGAGGCAUGGGAGGUCGGCCGUACGGGAUGGGCGGUAUGGGCGGUAUGGGCGGGAUGGGCGGGAUGGGCCGGCCUCAUGGCCACGGUGGUGGUCGCUAUGGCGGCGGUUGCGGAGGGGGUGGUGGGCACUAUGGAGGUGGUGGGCACCAUGGAGGUGGCGGCCACGGCAGGUGGUAG